AAAAAAAAGAAAAAGAAAAAAAAAAAAAAAAAAAAAAAAAAAAAAAAAAACAUUCAUUAUCGACCCAAAAUCAAGUCAUUCAGAAACUAAAUUGGAACAUUAUUGCUUCUUUUUAACAAUCUCUCCGAAACAAGAAGUAAUUAUUUUAACAAUUCACCAUUGUUGUUUUACUUCUUCUCAAUUUUUUCACUUUCGCAACACCAAUUGAAUAAUUGAUCAAUUUCCCUCUUUUUACCCCUUCAAAUUUAAUUAAAUGUUCAUACCACUUCGAAUAAUACUGUCGAAAUUUUCAAUACCACAUCAAACUCUCUCUAACACCAAACAAUUACAUGCCAUGAUCACUAAGACCCACCUCUCUCUUGACCCUUUUUUUGCCACCAAAAUCAUCAGAUACUAUGCUCUCAAUUCUCAACUUUCCUCUGCACACCAACUGUUCGACGAAAUUCCCCACAAAAGCAUCUAUCUUUGGAACUCCAUUAUUAGAGCUUAUGCGCAAGUUCAUGACUUUAAGAAUGCAUUUCAUCUUUUUAACCAGUUGCUUAGUUCAGAUUUAUGCCCUGACAACUUCACAUUUGCUUGCAUUUUACGCGCUUGUUCUGAGAAUCAUGAUGUGGUAGGAGUUAGACUUAUUCAUGGUGGAUUGGUGGUUUCUGGGUUACAAAUGGAUUCAAUUUGUGGUUGUGCACUUGUGAAUGCUUACUCAAAAGUUGGUCUUCUUGAUGAUGCUAGUAAAGCAUUUUAUGUUGUAGUUGAUCCAGACUUGGCCACUUGGAAUUCACUGAUAAAGGGUUAUGGGUAUUCUGGAUUUUGUGAUGAUGGGUUGAAGUUGUUCAAUGCCAUGAGGGAUAUGGGGAUUGAACCAGAUGGAUAUACAAUGGUUGCUCUGCUUUCGGCUGUGGCUGAGCCCGGGUUAUUGCACAUAGGCCAGGGAAUUCAUGGGUUUUGCAUUAAGAGUGGUUUUCUUUUGAAUGAUCAUGUUGGUAGUUCAUUAGUCACUAUGUAUUCAAGAUGUGGGUGCUUGGAUGCAGCGCAGGGAGUGUUGUACAGUUUAUUGAAACCGGAUAUAGUCACAUGGUCUGCAUUGAUAACAGGGUUUGCAAAUUCAGGGGAUAUCAGUAGAGCAUUAUUAUUCUUUAGAGAAAGAAAUAUGGAUGGUAUGAAGGCUGAUCCGGUGUUGCUAGCAAGCGUUCUGGUGGGUGUUGUUCAAUUGGGUAAUGUAGGGCCUGGCUGUGAGAUACAUGGUUACGUUCUUCGACAUGGAUUAGAGAUUGAUAUCAGGGUCGCCUCAGCUCUCAUAGACAUGUAUUCGAAGUGUGGUUUUAUGGACUUGGCCAUUCAGGUGCUCAAUGUACUUCCAAGACGAAACAUCAUAGUGUACAAUUCGGCUAUUUUGGGUCUUGGUUCACAUGGAAAUGCUGAUCAGGCUUUUAGACUGUUUGAUGAGGCAAUGGAUAAGGGAUUUAUGCCUGACGAAUCCACAUUUUCUGCUCUACUCCAUGCGUGCUGUCAAGCUGGUCUGGUCGAAGAGGGUGAGGAAAUGUUUAAGAGGAUGAAGGAUGAAUUUGGCAUUGAACCUAGAAAUGAGCAUUAUGUUCACAUGGUUAAGAUCUUGGGAAUGGCUGGAAAGUUGAGCGAGGCGUAUAGAUUUGUCCUGAGCCUGUAUGAACCAGUUGAUGCUGGCAUUUGGGGAGCACUACUAGCUUGUUGUGAAAUGCAUGGAAAUUCAGCACUUGCUGAAACUGUUUUGCAGCAUGUCUUCGAUAAUCAAAUACAAGAAGAUUCUCACUCAGUAUCGCUCUCUAGAAUCUACGCGGAUCAUGGACGGUGGGAUGAUGUGAAGAAGUUAAGGGAUGAUAUGACUUAUAGUAGACAAAAGAAGCUACCAGGGCUUAGCUGGAUAGGUGAAAAGAGUUUUUGACAUAUGCCACCUAAAGGUGAAGUUGGCUUAUGUAUCUAGUAUCGUAUGUUCAACAGGUAUCUAUCGACUUUCAUGAGGAGUUUCAACAUCAACUUCUCCACUCAAACUCUUGCAUUCGGGAGCAGAGAGGUGAUGUUUGGAAUGCAUCUAUUGAUCCCUGUGUUGUUAGUUAUCUUUGAUAUGCUCACAUUUAUUGUACUCCCUCUGUCUAUAUUUACUUGCUACAUUUGCUUUUGCACAAGAAUUUAGGAGAGGAGAUCGAAAAAGUAUGAUAGGGACCCCAACUUCUUGGAAAAAUAGCCAAUAUUUGGGGAAUAUAGGUAGGAAGAAGACAAAAUUAAAGGGAAAUACUUGUACUUUUAAGUGGAUCGUAGUUAUCAAAUAUGGAACUGUAGCAACUAAAAAAAGACAUCCAUUUAAGACGCAGGGAAUAUAUCUUAAUCUUACCAUUGAACUUGUAAUCUGUGGCCAUGAAAGGCUACUUUACCUCUACCACUCAUAAUCCUGUGAAGUGCAACUUACCUGAGUGACAAGUUUGGUUCCUCAUGGGACUUGGGUGCAGACUGCAGCUAUCACUUAGAGGACCACCUACGCCUCAGCUACAUACUCAUCAUUUUCGUGAGAAUGAUGAUUAAGAUACCAUAAGCUCUAUUGGAUAAGGUGUUGGUCAUAUCAAAGAAAACGACUUCUAGGCAUGUACAAGUACACUUUCCUAGAGACGUUAUUCUCCCUACCGUACUCUCAAGGCCUCAGAAUAUGUCUUUAGGAUACAAAGAAACCAACCCCUAAAGCGUUUAGCACUAACAAUUAUGGGACACUAAGUGAUUCGAGAGAAUUUGCAAAAAUACACCGCUUACCUAAGUUGGAAGGGGUAAAGAUGGUUGAAUGAUGGAUGAGUUAGUGAGUUACCCAUACUACCAUGUCUACUUUAUCAUAGCUAGAGAUAGAUCUACGGAGAAGAAGAUGGUUUGUUAUGUUAUGUCCAAAAAUGAGAUUGAAGUCUUUACUUCGUUCUUCUUCCCGCUAAUCUCAAGCAUCAAUGGCAUUGUCCUUGCCAAGAGAACCUUGAGGUUUCGUUAGAUAAUGUUGAUAAUCAUGAAGUAUUUCGGGAUGACGAUCGUUGGUGAUCUAAGAGUGAUACUAUUUUCUUUUCGUUUGAUUUGUUUGUACAAAUACAACCUCGUUAGAUAAAUAUAGCUCCUUUUUAUGCUCCA